UUGUGGUGAGAAUUUGGCGGGAAACCUCUGGAGGGAAAUACAAAGUUGAAGUUUUUGUGUGAAUUUUUUAUCUUUUAUAAAAUAUCGAUGUAAAAUGCCCGUGGAUUUGAAACCAAUGCGAUAUGCCCACAGCGAGGGACACACGGACGUUUGCUACGAUGAUAAUGGCAGAUAUUUAAUAACAUGUGGUUCUGAUGGCGAUGUUCGUAUUUAUGAUGGCUUUGAUGAUGAUGAUCCAGAAUCUUUUAGAGCUGGAGAGAAUGUCACUGCAGUCACAUUUAAGAAUGACAGGAUCAUCACAGGAGCCGACAACGCUGUACAGAUAUAUACCUUCCCUGAUGGUUCGCCUGAUGGCAUGAUAACAAGGUUUACUGCAUCAGUCAACUCCAUCUGUUACAGUCGAUCAGGAAAAUACUUAGCAGCUGGUGCAAGUGACUUCAAUGUCAAAGUGGUUGAAGUGAGUGAUAGCAGCCAUAAAUCUUUAAAAGGUCAUGAAGCACCUGUUUUGAGUGUUGCAUUGGAUCCUGAUGAAGAAUUUGUGGUAUCCUCAAGUUGUGAUGGCACUGUAAAAUUUUGGGAUUGGAAGGAACAGAAAUGUUUGAAGACUUUGAACAUUCUUCUCAAGAGUAAUGACAUAAGCACUUCCAAAAGUCUUUGUAGACUUGCUUUUCAGUCAAGUGGGAAGAAGUGUUUAGCCAUUCCUGUUGAUAAAGAAGUUAAGGUGUAUGAACAAGGAACAUGGAAUAACCUUUUUAGUUUGAAAGAUGAAAGUCAGAGCUCAGAGUCCAUUUCAAUUGUCAAGUGGUCGCCAUGUGGAAAUUAUUUAGCAACUGCCAGCGUCAAUGGAGAGAUUCUUGUUUGGUCUAUUAAAGAGAAAAAAAUCAUUGAGAGGACCCAACAUGAAAAAUGUUUGCCAAUAACUUGUUUAGUUUGGAAUCCAAAGAUAAAUGGUGAAAUAGCUUAUACUGACAAUCAAGGUCAACUGGGUGUUUGUAGCAAUGUUAUACCAAUGGAUGAUGAAACAAAGUCUAAGAAACUUGCGAUGGUGGAUCCGCUUGAUGCAAUGGCAGCGGAAAUGAUGGAUGAUAAUGCGAGUGAGACAGGCAGCUUGCUCGAGGUACAAAAACGAAGCAGGGUGAAGAACUCUUGGUUUGAUGAUGAAGCUGAUGAAGACGAUGGUCAUGUUGGAAUGCAAGGUGGCGCUGAAGAUGAUGAUGAUGAUGAUGAUGAUGAGAACACCACAGACCUUGGAAAAAUCAAAGCAGAAUUAGCUGGCCCAAUGGGACUGGAUAUCGAUGAUAACCCUGUGCCAGACGAUGCUAAGAGCGAAGCAACAGAAACGAAUGUUAGACCGAUCGUCAUACAACAACCACAUACUGUACAGCAACAAGCUUUUCAACCUAGCUCCACACCUGUGCAUCUUAUGGAUAGAUUUAUGGUCUGGAACAACAUUGGUAUCAUAAGAAGUCAUUCUGAAGAGGAACCUGCUUCAAUUGACAUCGAGUUUCACGACAGUAAUCUACAUCACGCAAUGAAUAUCAUCAAUCAAAUGAAUUAUACCAUGGCAGCGCUAUCAGAAACAGCUGUUCUGCUCGCUUGUCAAGCUAGUGAAGAAUUUGCAAGUAAACUGUUGUGUUUACAUUUUGGCACUUGGGAUCGUUCAAAGGAAUGGACUGUCGUAAUGCCUCAGGGUGAGGAUAUUAUGGCGGUUGCUGUUGGAACUACCUGGACGGCUGUGGCAACAAAUCAGGAUUUGUUACGUAUCUUCACUAUCGGUGGUCUUCAAACAGCACUUGUUUCUUUACCUGGUCCAGUUGUUUGCAUGUCAGGUCAUGGAAGUCAGUUGAUAGUUGUGUAUCAUCAUGGAAUGGGUUUGCCAGGUUGCCAAUGUUUGGCUGUGAAACUGUUUGAUCUUCACAGCAAGACUCAAGUUGUUGCGGAUCAAAGAUUACCAUUGUCACCGAAAGCAAAUCUUUCAUGGCUAGGCUUUUCACUGGAAGGAACGCCAGCAGCUGUGGAUUCUCUUGGCAUCGUUCGUAUUUUGAAUCGUGCCAUGGACAACACCUGGAGUGUUGUGGCCAACACGAAGACGCAGGUGAAGAGAUCGUCAGAUAACUACUGGGUUGUCGGACUCACAGAAACAUCAGAGCAAAUAAGGUGUGUUCUGUGCACUGGGUCGACUUACCCCCCUACGCUCCCCCGCCCUCUCGUGAGUACAUUGCCGCUGCAAUUGCCGGUGUGUGAACUGACGACUGAAAAAGGCCAGUUGGAGGAAUACUAUUUGCGAUCACGAUUAUUGAUGAACAGAUUCGAGCAUGAUAAAGAACGAGGCUUUUCAAUGGAUGAUGAACUUUAUGAACAAAGUCAAACUCAAAUUAAGCAACUACUUAUGAAACUUUUUGCUUUGUCAUGUAAAACAGACAGAGAUUUCAGGGCAAGAGAAAUCUGUGAACUUUUACCGGAUGCUUACUCGGUCAGUUUGGCUAUUAAAUAUGCGUCUCGGAACCGCCGUAUGAACUUGGCUCAAAAACUGGAUGAAUUGGCGCAGCUCAAGGCGGACGAGGAAGCAGCUGCUGUUGAAGUGGAAGAACAGAAUUAUGACGUAUAUGAGAAUGGUUACGAGGAGGAUGCGGUGAUGCAGCAAAGGCAGAAUAUUCCGUCUCGUAGAAAGGAUGUUAGGAGAGAAGUAAUGAAUGGUGAAGGUAAUUUGGAAACACAAGAAGAGGAAGAUAUGGAUGAGGAAGACGACGACGCUGGUGUUAAUGACGUUGGAGAAAAUGAAGAAGAAAGCUCCACAAAUACUGUAAGAGCAAAAACGACUGCCGCAUCCAGACCAAGUCUUGGAGCUCUUCCCAAACGACAAAACUAUGAUCCGGUGUAUAGCCAAGAUACACCACAACGAUCAAAUCCAUUUAAAAUGAGCAAGAAUAAAAACACGACACAAAGUAAUGGAGGCUUCUUUGAAAGUGUCGAGAAAGAGAAAAACAUUCUCGCCAAGAAAGCGACCAAGAAAUCUCCAUCAUCCCAGACGUCGAAAAAAAAGGACGGCAAACAGACGACACUGUUUAGUAAGAAGAAGACAAAAGAGGAUAAAAAACAGGACAAAGGAGGAGAGGAUGGCAAAGAUGAGAAAAAGCAAGCCAGUAAACCAAAGAAAAGUGCCUUUCAAUGUUGGCUGGAGAACAUGAAGCCUUUCUUUCAAGAAGAAAAUCCUGAUUUAUCCGAAAGCGAAGUGAUGAAAGUUGCGAUGAAACAAUGGCGUGAGACGCCCAAGGAAGAGAAGCAGGUUUGGGAAAACACUGCUAAAGGUAAUGUUAGUACAGUGGAAAAUGGAAUGAAUGAAAGUGAACGGGUCAGUGAACGUGAAAUAGCUGAGAAAAAACGGAAAAGGAGCGAUAAUGAUGAUGAGAGUGGAUGUGAAGAGAAAAUAUCUGAACCUAGUUUGAAAGAGGAUGAAAAUACUUCGAAAAAAGUGAAAACAUUUGACAAGCAAAAGGUGAAUUCUAAACUCGCUGGGUUCGCCUUCAGUAAAUAAUCGUUUUUGAUGCUCGAAAAGACACUGACGUUAAUAUGCAGAAUAUACGUUAUUGAAAAGCAAACAUACGAGUUUGCUUUCAUCGUAAAUUCUGCUUCGAAAUUCGGUGUUGAAUUCGGGCUUUGCGGUACCAUGGAAUCGGAUGGAUCAAUUCAUUGUUGAAGUCAGUGAAUUGUUAAACUGUUUUCAAAGAAUUCACAGACCAUAACAUAUGCCACGAUCUACGUUAAUGAAUAGUUGACAGUUUAUAACGUGAUUCAACGCGAGUCGUCCGCAGCGUAAAGCCAAAUGUCAUAACAGAUGAAAUGAAACACGACUUGACUUGCAUUUAAUUGUUUAAA